CACUCACUCCUGUGCUGUACAUACAUGCUUGGCCAUCACUAAUCCGCCUCAUUCCCAAUUCCCAGCUGCUCUAUCUGCCUCAUGACUGCCAGAAACGCCGCACGAUGAAACUUCUCACGCAAUAGCGAUGUUUACGACAUGAGGAGUCUGCAGUCAGAGCUGGAUAUACAGAAGCAGAAGUGAAGGAACUGCCCAUCAAUGGCCAACCCCACCCCUCAGCUUGAUGUACUGUGACAGAGAAGUGAGUGGACCAGAAAUACUGUAGCCAGUUGCCAUGGAGGACACACAGACCAAGCCUAUUACGCCGGAGCCCAGUCCAGCGCCUAGUCCAGCGCCCAGCCCAGCACCCAGCCCAGCACCCAGCCCCAUGCUGGACAGAAUUGCUUUGCCCUCAGCAAACCAUGUGGAGCACCUUAAUGUGAACCAGAUCCAGGUAGUCGUACGGCGCUGCUCCACUCCAAAUGUCACCGAGGAGACCACCUAUUUUAUUCCUCGAAACCCUGUGGCGGAUGCGGGCACCAACACAGACCCGCCAGUGGUCUGCUGCCCCUUGCUCCACAGGUUUUGCCCGUGUCCACCAAGAGGCCUUCUGGCUUCUCUCAUUACUAAAGUCCUUUUGGCAGCAGUGCUCUUUGGAGUGGUCUGGUCUAUCACAGAGGAUGAGUGUCUUCCAGGAGGAAACCUGUUUGGCAUCACGACCCUCUUCAUCUGCGCACUCAUUGGCGGCAAAGUGGUGGCACUCAUCCGUCUGCCCAAACUUCCACCGUUCCCACCCCUCCUUGGUAUGCUGCUGAUGGGUUUCCUGCUGAGAAACAUCCCAGUUAUAACAAAAUGGGUGUACAUUGACUACAGGUGGUCUGCGUCGCUGAGGAACAUCGCUUUGGCUGUCAUUCUGGCCAGAGCUGGUCUGGGGUUGGAUCCCACGGCUCUGAAGAAACUGAAAGGCGUGUGUAUACGCGUGGCAUGUGGGCCCUGCAUCAUAGAGGCCUGCACCGUAGCUCUGGUGUCUCACUUCCUCAUGGGCUUGCCCUGGGUGUGGGGCUUCAUCCUUGGCUUCGUGCUGGGAGCUGUGUCUCCAGCAGUGGUGGUUCCCUCCAUGCUGCUGCUGCAGAAGGACGGUUACGGCCUGGAACAAGGCAUUCCCACCCUGCUGAUGGCUGCAGGCAGCUUUGACGACAUCCUUGCCAUCACAGGGUUCACCACAUGCUUGGGCAUGGCCUUCGCCACAGGCUCCACUUGGUACAACCUUCUGAGAGGCGUACUGGAGGUUGCUGGUGGGAUGGUUGCUGGGCUUCUUCUUGGCUUCCUCAUCCAGUACUUUCCUAGUGUUGACCAAAAACACAUAGUAAUGAAGCGAUCCUUUCUGGUGCUGGGUCUGUCCGUGUUUGCCGUGUUCGGCAGUGGUGUGGCAGGGUUUCCCGGCUCUGGAGGCCUCUGCACCCUGGUCUUGGCAUUCCUGGCCGGCCUCGGCUGGGGGUCAGAAAAGGCCCGUGUGGAGGAAGUGGUGGGGUGGGCAUGGGACGUGUUUCAGCCUCUCCUCUUCGGACUGAUAGGAGCAGAAAUUCGAAUCUCUGAGUUGGAGGGAUACACAGUUGGUCUGGGUAUAGCGUCGCUUCUCAUUGCCCUGCUGGUCCGAGUCCUGUUCACCUUCGCCUGUGUGUUGUGUGCGGGCUUUAACUUGAGGGAAAAAAUCUUCAUAGCCCUGGCGUGGAUGCCCAAAGCCACAGUGCAGGCAGCUAUAGGUUCCACGGCUUUAGACAUGGCCAGGACAAAAGAGGACACGCAGCUACAGAAGUACGGCAUGGAUGUGCUCACUGUGGCCGUGCUGUCCAUACUGUUCACAGCUCCUGUAGGAGCUCUUGUCAUAGGACUCAGUGGACCUCACCUGCUACAAAAACCAAAGAACUCUGCCUGUGGUGAGCGAGUCAAACCCAAUUUAUCAGCCUUCUUCUUAGGCACUGCAGCAGGAGGCGAAGAUGACACUGAAACUCCUGUCACCUACGAGAGCACCCUCUGACAUCACCCGUCUCCACCCAGUAAGCAAGGACAUUUAAAGAGACUUGCCUGGUGCUUUCACACCUCGAACAUUUGAGCUUUCCUUUAGCCACCGAGUGGCUCUCUUUGUCUCCUUCUAUCUGCUGGUCAGCUCCUGAUGUUUGCCAUGCUGCGGGAACACAUGAAUCACUCUUUAUUUAUAGCUUCUGGUGGUUUCCAGACCUCAGGCUCUAAACAAAUGACCCACAUCCCAGCGUCUUCACCAUCAUGCUGUGUGACAGCGUACAAGAGGUUGUCUUGUUUCUGGUACCAAAUUAACUUUUCAACAGCUUUAUUAGCGUUAAGCAUACGUUUGGUUUACUGUUUUGUAAAGGUGGAUAUUUUCCUUUCUAUCAUAAUCACUGAAUCCAAUAUUCGCCCAUUUGUGCGACGACACAUCAGGUAACUAUUUACUGUAUUUGGACCUCAACAGAUGGUGAUGUUGUACUUUACUAGAAGCUUUAUUUGGGAGGCUGCGUUAUUGAAUGCACUGAGAGUAGCAAUAUUUUAUUGUUUUAAAUUAGACCACACAGUUUGUAGGUGUUGUGCACUCAGUAUGAUAUUUAUGCAGCUAUGUGUUUGUGUAUUUUUACGUACGUGUGAAUAAAAUGUGUACUAGCUGUGACUUGGUGACGAGAACGGUUUGUGUAGUUAUGAAAAACUUCUAAAUAAUCCACAACACUUUCCUCUGGUUUGUAAAGAUGCUGCUGAAACUCAUUUGUCUGCUUUCAGUGUCAGGAAUGCUCAUCAUGUCCAUAUUCAAUUCAUUCAUGUAAACCCAACCUCUGAUUGAUUGUAAGGGAAAGUCGAUUUUUCACAUUUGUUACGUUUGUUUUUUAUUACAGAAGUAUGCAGUGUAACUUAAUAUAAGCUUAAUUUGAAUUUAUUUACAUUUCCUCAUUGUGUAUUUUUAGCAACUAUUUAUGAUAAAGUGACAGAUUUAAGCAUUAGUUUUUUACCAAAUAUUCUUUAUACAAUAAAUGAUAAAAAUACACCAUGAAUUGUUCUUCUCUUGCAUUUUGAAUGUAUUUUAAAGUUCAUGUUUUGGUGUAGUGGUAGACGAAAAACUUAAAUUAUUUGCCUGGGUCCAGACCUUUGUCCGCUCGCUGACGAUUCUGUCUGAUAUCAGGCAAUAAAGUUAUUACUAUGCAAGAACAUUUGUACGAUUUGAUUAACUGUGUGUCUUAUUAUGUCUUUAAUUAAAGUCCCUGUCCUUUUUAA